AUGAACUGUAGUUCUGUGUUAUUAUUUAUCCUUACUGAAAUGUUUAGUAAAGAAAGUUUAUUUUUGGUUUAAAAUUAUGAUUUAGUUUGGCCUAUAGGGUCAGUGCACUGGUUAUCCGGCCAGCACUGGUCCUCGGCCUUUUUAGGAUUUAAAGCUAAAUAUUAGUUAAUUUAAUCGCCGUUCAUCCAGUGCAAAUGGUAAAAUAGAUUCAUGUAUCAUUUAUCUAUCGAAAGUAGUAGGGGUGAAGAUGGAGCUGCAACUAAUAAGCGUGCGAAAAAUCCACAGUUCUUGGACACACAACAGAACAACAUAGGUAGUGUUUCAAAUGUAAAUUUGCUUACUAGUGUGAAGCUACAAAAUAUGGCUAGGGAAACUAGGAGAAAUAAAACCCGGGGUAAUAAAACUGUCUUGAUACGACCUAAAGUACCAAGGAUGUACCAAUACACAAAGGAAGAUCUCAAGAAUGCUCUGCGUGAGAUCCGGGAAAACAAAAUAAAAAUAAGGGAAGCCAGUCAAAGAUUUAAUGUACCAAGGACGACGAUCCAGGAUAGAAUCAAAGGAAGAGUACCCGAUCUUCUGAGGAAACCCGAAUUAUGUUCAACGCCGAAGGAAAAUUUGCUCCUCCACUUUUGUUAUUCCCUUAUGUGCGACUUCCCAGGGCUGUUAUUGUCGAUAUGCCGAGCGGUUGGGUGUUAGGAAAGUCAGAAAGAGGAUGGAUGACAUCUGACGUAUUUUUUGAGUUUAUCAAUAAUGAUAUUAAAAUGGUCGAUUACAGAAAAUAUUCCGAGGCCUGUUUGUGGAUGGGCAUAAAUCCCAUCUCACUAUGACAAUUAGUGAGUGGUGCCACAAUAAUGAAAUAAUUUAAUAUGCUCUUCCACCUAACAUCACCCACAUGCUCCAGCCUGCUGACGUUAGCGUCUUCAAACCGAUGAAAUCGGAAUGGAAAAAACAGUUUGUGUUAGAACCUCCUGCCGAAUACCUCCAAGAGGAGUCCCUCAACGAUGAUCGCAUGCCACCAGAUGUCCUGUACAUGCUUCAAAGCAUUAGAGUGUUUGGUCAUUUCGAAAAACCCGUGUUCCUGAAGCUUUGCAAGCAUACGGAGAUCAUAAACGUUUCGGCCGGUAGCCAUUUGUUUAAGAUAGGUGAUCCUGAUGAAAACUUCUACAUUGUUCAGAGUGGGAAAUUAAAUGUUUUUAUAAACACUAGCGAUGGAACGACUUCUUUAAAAAUAGUGAAACCUGGAGAAAGUGUCACGUCUUUGCUUAGCUUUACUGAUGUUUUGACUGGUCAUCUGAGUCCCUACAAAACUAUUUCUGCAAAAGCCAUCGAGGAUUCCACAGUCGUGAAGCUCCCGAUGACCGCUUUCCAGGACAUAUUCCAGGAAUAUCCAGAAACAGUAUUCAGAGUUAUACAGGUUAUCAUGGUCAGGCUUCAGAGGGUCACUUUCACAGCCCUCCACCAUUAUUUGGGGCUCAGUGCCGAGCUUAUUAAACAAUCGCCUAAACAAAAAGGUCAACUGUUUUUUUCACCAGUAAAAAGGAGAGAAAAGGACGGCACUAUACCUACGUCAGGAGAUUCAAGCACUACUCAGACCGCAACCAUUGCUCAAAGCCAAGGCCACAGGAGAUCAAAGUCUAGUCAAGAUUCAAAAACCAUUUCGCCUGUUUCGUAUACUAACACAAAUGCUCCGGAUAUGCUGGCUGACCUAGAUGGACCUAUGGCAAAUGUAAUUGAUACAACGAAGAAAAGGCAUUCGGUACCGGACGAUGCGUCUGAAGAAGAGUUAAAGAAGAUUGCUGAGGAGGCUUUUAUAAUUGAACUGGGUCUAAGUCAGAACGACCACGUGGACAUUCAGGUCGAAAUAAGAGAGGUUUCUGCAGGUACCUACUUGAUGAAAGAAGACUCUAAUAAGGAUGUUGCCUUAGUCUAUAUAAUCUCCGGUGCUUUGACGGUCACUCAGAAAUUAGCCGAAACUGAAUCCGAAGUAUACAUGUUUACCUCUUACCCUGGCGAAAUUGUUGGUGGACUGGCCAUGUUGACUGGGGAACCGAGUUUUUUCACCAUAAGGGCCAAACAUCUAACUAGAAUAGCCUUGCUCUCUAAAACGAUCUUUUACAGUAUUAUUAAGGAAAAUCCGAAAGUUGUGCUCUAUGUAGCCAACAUGGUAGUUAGAAGGCUGUCUCCUUUUGUCAGACAGGUUGAUUUCGCUUUGGAUUGGCUUUUUAUAGAGUCAGGUCGAGCAGUAUACAGACAAGAUGACGAGAGCGAAUGCACCUACAUAGUCCUAUCCGGCCGUCUGCGAUCGGUAAUCAACUACAAGGACGGCAAAAAAGAACUCGUUGGCGAGUACGGCAAGGGCGAUCUUGUAGGCGUGGUCGAGAUGGUCACCCAAACCAAACGCAGCACCACCGUGAUCGCUGUGCGCGACUCCGAGCUGGCCAAACUUCCCGAAGGCCUCUUCAACGUCAUCAAAUUGAAGUUCCCCAUCGUGGUAACGAGACUGAUCAAUUUACUGGGUCACCGGAUCCUGGGUUCGUGGCAGAAAUCGACGGGUAGGAGUAGAGGUUCGGCCGUGGACAGUAGGCCGUCGCAGAUAAAUUUCUCUACGGUGGCCAUAAUUGCUGUUUCGGAUGAUGUGCCUUUGACUGGGUUCACGUACGAGCUGUACCACUGUCUCACGGCAAUAGGUUCGACUACAAGACUGACUUCGGAUGUAAUAAAGAAGACUCUUGGCGGUACCAUCAUGGACCCCAAUAACGAGUACAGGCUGUCUUCGUGGCUGGCCCAGCAAGAAGACCAGCACAAAAUAUCGUUGUACCAGUGCGAUUUGACAGUGUCAGCCUGGACUAAACGAUGUAUCAGACAAGCCGAUUGUAUCCUCAUUGUUGGACUAGGCGAUAAUCCACCAUCUUUAGGUAAAGUUGAAAAAGAAUUGGAGAGACUAGCUAUACGGACACAAAAAGAACUGGUAUUACUUCACAAAGAAGGCGGUAAGCCACAGAAUACCAUCGGUUGGCUCAACAUAAGGUCGUGGGUUUCAUCUCAUCACCAUAUUUUAUGUCCCAACAGGGUGUUCGCCCGAAAAAGCCAAUACAGAAUUAAUGAAUUAUAUUCAAAAGUAUGCGCUACGGAUCCUAAUGUGCAUUCAGAUUUUUCAAGACUGGCUAGAUGGCUUACUGGUAAGUCAGUGGGUUUGGUCCUAGGAGGAGGCGGAGCUAGAGGAUCCUCCCACAUAGGCAUGAUUAAAGCCAUACAGGAGGCUGGUAUACCCAUAGAUAUGAUAGGGGGCGUUUCGAUCGGUGCUCUGAUGGGAUCUUUGUGGUGUCAAGAAAGAAACAUAACCAUAGUCAUACAGAAAGCCAGAGAAUGGUCCAAGAAAAUGACACAAUGGUGGAGACAAAUCCUAGAUCUGACUUACCCUGUAACCUCAAUGUUUAGCGGUAAAGAUUUCAACAAGACGAUAAGAGGCACAUUAGGCGAGACAUACAUCGAAGACCUGUGGAUUCCGUUUUUCACGAUCACCACAGACAUAACAGCCUCCUGUAUGAGAAUCCAUACUCACGGAUCGCUGUGGCGCUAUGUUCGGGCCUCCAUGUCGUUGUCCGGCUAUAUGCCGCCGCUGUGCGAUCCUCACGAUGGCCACUUGCUACUGGACGGAGGCUACAUCAAUAAUCUGCCAGAUCUUUCAAUUCCGAGGCUCUAUUAUCUAUUGGCGUUUGACAGAGAUUUGUUUCUAACACACUUGAAGGGAGGUGUUGGUUUUAAUACAGUUUCAUUUAGUCCUUACACUGUUGUAUUAACUGUGAGGGGUAAAGGGGAUCAAGAACUUCACCAGAUACCAGGUUCGCUAUGGCGAUACGUACGGGCUUCCAUGUCAGUUGUGGGGAUUUUCCCGCCGCUUUGUGACCCAUCGGACGGUCACAUGCUAGUCGACGGGUGUUACAUUAACAACGUUCCAGCCGAUGUAAUGAGGAGCAUGGGAGCCGACCAUAUCCUCGCCAUCGAUGUGGGAUCGGUAGACGAUCAAGACCUCACCAAUUACGGAGAUGACCUCUCCGGCUGGUGGUUGCUUUGGAAACGGUUCAACCCUUUCUCCUCACCUAUUAAAGUGCCUAACUUGCCGGACAUACAGACUAGACUAGCCUACGUCAGUUGCGUCAGACAAUUAGAGGAAGUGAAGAAUAGUGAUUAUUGCGAAUAUAUCCGUCCCCCGAUCGACAAAUACAAAACUCUUCAAUUUGGCAGUUUCGACGAGAUCAGAGAAGUGGGUUACCUUCACGGAAAAGCUUACUUCGAGGGCCAGAGUCGAGCCGGCAACUUGCCGAGAUUCAAUAAUUCGGAAAUGCACAAGUCGCAGAUGGGCGAGGACAAUCAGUCGUCUCAGUACACCUUCACUGAUUUGGCUCAGAUGGUUUGUAAAGUUAGCAGGCCUUACGAAGAAGAGACUGCGUCGAGUAGUUCGUCUGAAUCAGACGACGAGGAUGAAGGUCGGGGAGGUUACGCGUCCGAACCUACAGGAGGUUUUUCAAACGAAACGAACCAUAAGGGCAUGCGCAGGGCAGGAGGUUCGCUGUCACUGUCAGAAAACGAGUUGGAACCCGAUAUGGAUUUCAAAAUCAAAUCGCCUUCUGACUUUACCUAAUUAUAAAUUAAAUUAACUUCGAAAAAUGUACCAAAAUAGACCUCGACACGGGGUCGAAUAGUCAAAUUGAAUUUACCAAAAAUAUAGCAAUCUCAAAUAAAAAGAAACGUGAUGGGAACGUACCCAUUUCGAACUAAUACUAUAAGUUAGGGAAUUUAUACUAGUAGCAUAAACUCGUUAUAAUUACAGUUAUUUAUAUUUCGUACUGAUUACGUGAAUUGUACAAGUAAAUAAAUG